UUUUCAAAAGCACGUGCAAGAAAGAAAAGGUUAAUUUGUUUUUCAGUUCGAUUUUGUGCUUGAUUUUUUUUUUCUGUUUGUGAGCAAAAUGUCAAGUGGCCGAAAUGUUGGCAAGUUCCAGCAGCGUGUGCGUGGCAAUGUGGUGACCGUUAUCAUUGGUGCCACCGAGUUGCAAUGCGAGCUGGAUCUGCUGCAACGCACGAGCCGCUACUUUCAGAAUGGCCGCCAGGGCAUGGCCUAUGGUCUGCCCGAGUCGCAUGUGCGUCUGGAUGCGUUUCUGAUGAUCUAUGACUGGAUGGCCAAGCCGUCGCUGGUGGUGCCGCCGCAGCUGCUGGUGGCGGUUUAUAAGGCCUGCACCUACUUGAAGAUCCAGCUGAUGGUCGAUCAGUUCAUGGCCGAGUUUGAGGAGCAGCGCGAGGUGCGCGAGGAGCUGAGCUUCUACAUGUGCAUCGCUCUGCAGCGCUUGAAUGUGCAGCUGCAGUCGCACGAGCUGCGCGUGCACAAAUAUUUUCUAACGCUCGUUGCCACGCCGGAGUUUGUGCAGCUCAUGCCGCACAUUAUGAUCGGGCUGUUCAACUCCGCCUAUAUAUGCGUCAACUCGGAGCUUGAAGUGCUGCUGGCGGCCAUGCACUGGCUGAGCUAUGAUUAUGAGAAUCGCGCUUGCUAUGUGGAGCGUCUGAUGGCCGCGGUGCGUUUCGACUGCAUUCCGCUGGAGGCUGUGCUGCUGCUGCGCCAGGAGUGCAUCAAGAUCAACAGCAACUUUGCCCAGCUGUUCUUUCUGCCGGAGAUUGAGAUGAUCCUGAAGCGUGCGCCAUCGCACAACAACAUCGUGCGCUACUGCGAUCGCCGCAUCUGGAUCUUUGACCCGUUGUGCAGCUUCCAUCACGACGUCCACUGCCCGCGUCGCAGCUACAUCACCCACUCCGGCUUCCUGGCCUUUCAGCAUGCGCUGCGUCAUGCCGACAGCAUGCACUGGUUCAAGCGCAGGCAGUUGAAUCCCUAUGUCCACACUUGUCGCCAACCCCAUUGCCGUCAAAUUGCUGCCACCUAUGGACGUGGCUAAGUACAAGAGAAAAAAGAAAAACCAACUACAUUCAUUUCUUACACUUUCAUUCAAACACUUUUCAUAUCACUAACAUUUUAUAUUCACUACUUCAUUAUUUUAUCACUUU